AUGCUGUCAGAAGGGUACCUCAGUGGACUUGCCUACCGUAAUGACAUCUCCUGGAGCUACGCAUCUUAUAAUGAGAAGGUGGCUGAGGAAAAGGAGGAAGAAACGAAAUCUGCUUCUCUUUCCUCUUCCUCUGUGGAUGAAACACAAGCUGGAAGUCUCUACCUGAGCUGCAAAUCCUCUGGCAAGUUCCUUUCUUCAGUGCAUUCAAGAGAGAGUCAACACAGUAGGAACCAGAGAAAGACAGUGCUAGAGACAAACCCCAAUCCUGUGUUUGAGAGCCCAAACUUGGCUGCAGUGGAAAUAUGUAGAGAUUCCAGCAGAGAGACCUACUUGGUUCCCCCUUCCUGCAAAAGUAUUUGCAAGAAUUAUAAUGACUUACAUAUUGCAGGGGGCCAGGUGAUGGCCAUUAAUUCAGAGACAAUAGAUUUUCCCUCCGAGGCCAGUUUUGAAUAUGGCCCUCUGCUGAAAUCAUCUGAGAUUUCUUUGCCGAUGGAUGAUUCCAUUUCUACUCAGCUCAGUGACUUUCCCCAAAAACCUAUCCAGCGGUAUUCAUCCUACUGGAGAAUAACCAGCAUCAAGGAGAAAAGCAGCCUGCAAAUACAGAAGCCUAUUUCUAAUGCUGUGCUGAAUGAAUACCUGGAACAGAAGCUGGUGGAGUUAUAUAAGCAGUACAUUAUGGACACUGUGUUUCAUGACAAUUCCCCUACCCAGAUUCUGGCAUCUGAACUCAUUAUGACAAGUGUGGACCAAAUUAGUCUCCAAGUGUCUAGAGAGAAGAACCUGGAGGCCUCAAAAGCCAAGGAUAUAGUCAUUAACCGCCUAUUACAGUUGGCGUCCACUGAAAUCAGCACUCCUAGUCUCCAUAUUUCACAGUAUAGCAAUGUGAAUCCAUAGAGAGGAUUGCUUCCAUUCUUCUUUCUCAGCUACUUACAGCUAAAACAACGCUUCAUUCAUUUAUUCUGAGAAUGUGGAGGAGGGGUUUGGGAAGGAGUCCAGAGCUAGAGAGGUAAAUGUUGGCUGGAGGUCAGGUGUGAAUUAAGAGGAAAUCUCAUAAUAAUAUACAUGGUGAAAGAAUGUGGGAAGAGGCACUAUAAAGAAUGAGUUCAAAGUGAGGAUUGUAUAGCAAUGAAGCAAAAAAUAAAAAUGAUCCCAAAAAAGCAAAGAUAGGAUUCAUUUCAAAGAGUAUAGAAAUUGAAAAAGAAGACAAGCCAAAGAAGAAGAACACGCAUUAUUGCAAAAGUAAAAAGCCAAAGGUUUCAGGGUAACAAGUUAAGGAUAUGCUUAUUACUCAAAUAAAUUCCUCCAAGUUGAUUUUUUCAUGAGAGAAAUGAACUGUGGAAGGCUGAUAUAUUUGAAUAAAGAGACAGGU